AUGAUUAACAGUUCUUUAAGCAUGCUCUUUUCUUAUUUAGAAAAGUAUUUCUAUGUUGCAGAUGAACUGUCUCAUUGUGUUGAGCCUGAGCCGUCUCAGGUGCCAGGUGGCAGUUCUAGAGACCAUCAGCAAGGUAAGCCCCCUCCUGUCCCGGCUCUAAAAGCUAAGACAUCUUCACGUUCUAGUCCAUAUGCCACUGAGAUACAGAAGUCAACUGAUGAUUCCAUAUUUAAAGUUCUAGACUGGUUUAACCGAAGUUCUUAUUCAGAUGACAAUAAGUCAUUCCUCCAACAUCCCCGAGGAAUAGAGUCCAAAGAAAAAACAGACUCAAAAUCACAGGUUGCUAUUGACUUGGUGACAGAUGACACUACUUUAAAAGAAAAUGGCUCUAAGAACCUAUCAUCCAGCAAAAUUGAAUCGAAGCCUGUGAGAUCUGAUUCAACAUUCCAAGUAGAGGGAGAUAUGCUGGUUUCUGAAAGUUGCCAAGAUGCUAAUGUGAACAUCAAAUCCAAAUUCAUGAAUUUGUCCCAACAAGGUGCCCCAAAGGAAGGCCCAUGUAUAUUGCCAUUUGAAAGCUAUGGCACCCCAAGUCAAAGGAGCAAAAAUAUGGACUAUAGCCAAGAUUCAAAAAGCAUAGGAAAAGGGAACGGGUUAUCUCCUCCAAAAAGGAACUAUUCCUACAAUAUUCUCAAGGAAUCUGAUGCAGAAAACCAAGUUCCAUGCAACACUAAUAAUAUUGGCAACUUGGGUGAAGAAAAACCCAAGUUUCAUGCUCAUAAAGAAAAUAUAGGACACUCAGAAGUGAAUUUUGACUCUUCAACAAUUGUCAAAGAACCAGGUUUGAAAGAUAACAUGAAAGCAGAGAGAAAGAGCAAAGGAGGAAAUACCUAUAUCCUGAAAGCUUCCUUAGAGCCAGAGAAUAUUAAGUCAACACCUGGGGUUGCCAACAACGGCUCUCCUUGGAAGAAGCCUGAGGUCCAUCUCCAGCAAGAAGCUGAUGAGGUUCCCAAGAACAAAGUGCAGAGAGAGAAAUACAAAAGAGUGAGUGACAGAAUAUCCUUUUGGGAAGGAGAGAAAGCUGCUGCUAAGAUAACUCAUAAAGAACCCACAUCUUCAUGUAGCCAGGAACAACCUUCUGCUAAAGCAUAUCAGCCUGUGCAGAAGUCACAGGGUGUAUCAUCUAUGGACAGUUUAUCUACAGACCAGAGUGAAUAUAAUCAGGUCAUUCCCAAACGAGUGGUCCUAGAUGAGGAUGAUCAAGCAUCCCAGCUCUCCAAUUCUUAUUCCUCAAAUAAAUCUAAAGAGACCAAGCCACAAAUAUCAGAUCCAUCCAGAAACUAUCUUUCAGCUGAGGAAUCAGAUAAAGUGUCUCUGUUUCAGAAUAAGAAAAAUGAGCCUAUAAAAAGAUCACCAGUGGCAGACAGUUUGCCUUCUAGAAGAAACCUUACUUUACCAGCACUGCAACGUCCCUCAAAUGUUGGGAGUGAACGACAUGUUCCUUUGGAGAAAGACAGACCUCUAGUUCGUGAAUCAAAUGCCAACUUCAAAGUUAUGUCCCUAAAAGAAAGAAUGGAUGAACCCAAUGUGGAACAGGUCUAUAAUCCCUCUCAGUUUGAGAAUUUGAGAAAGUUUUGGGACUUAGAAGCUAAUUUAAACAGUAAGAAUAAUGACAAGAAUAUUACCACAGCAAGCCAAAAAAGUUCUACACCUUUUAAUAGGCAGAAACACAAGGAAUUAAGUGACAUUAAAUUAUCAGGUAAAAAUACUCAUGAAGCAGAGGUGCUUCUAAGCCCAAAAAAAGUUAUGGGAAGAGAGGAAAUGGAGAAAUUAAAUUCAAAGGGCAUACUCCAGGUGCUACCAGAUGAAACCACAUUUCCUUUGAGUCCGCUUAGAAAGUAUACUCAUCAGUUGCGAGGAAAUGAGUCAUCAAAGGAAUACAUGGAAAAGAAUAUGGAAGGGAGUGUUACUCCAGUGUUUAAGGAAGAAAAGGAUUACUCAGACCAAGAGAUUCAAGAAUCCAUAGUAAAAACCAAUGUUUUGUCUAAAGACUACAAAGACACUUUUAAUGACAGCUUGCAGAAACUGCUUUCAGAAGCCUCAACACCAGCAAUUCAACCCUCUGGUGGAAAAGUUCAUGGAAAACAAGUGCUUGAGCCAAGUGUUUCUGAAAAUAGGACAUGGCGUCAAAAAACAGAUUUUGCUGAUACCGAGGAAGAAGUCAAAGGACCUGAGAAGAUCAUUAAUGAGCAUGUUGACAAAACAGUAGUUCCUCCAAAGGUUAAACGGAACUCUUUGACUGCUAGUCUAGACAAACUCCUGAAGGAAGCAACUGGAACUUCACCCUCUCCCUUGCAAACCAAGUUGGCGCCCGUUAUCACUGGAACCAACUCUAAGCCGGAAGAAGGAAGAUUUUUUGGAAAAGGGAUAGAACAGAGUCACAAUACUUCAGCUGAUAAGAGAGAAAUACUAGCUCCUUUUCCAGAGAGAGAUGAAACUUUUGGAAAUACAGCUGUCCCCAAGAAAGCUGAAAGUGGUGAGUGCCAGCUAAACACAGAGAAUUUGAUUCAGAUGGCUGCAGAAGAUUCUUAUCCAUUGGAUCCACCUUCCCAGCUUUCCAGAAAGGGUUCUUUUGGGGAUGUGGCCAACCCUCCCCACGAUAUGCUUUUUCCCCAAGAUGCUCAUCUUGUUCCCCAGGCUAGGGCACAACCUUCUCAAACGGAAAUUUCAGAGACUGUAGAGAAAGUCAUUCUUCCACCCAGACCUGUGUUGAAUGAUGUAAAUGCUGCAUUACAGAAGCUGCAUAGAGAAGUAUGGUUAAGUUAUCCAGCUGGAAGGGAAGUACGUCCUGGAGAAGUGAACCCAGAAUUUCCUGAAGCAGUACAGGCAUUAGGUAGCCCCCUAAAUCCGCCAGGAGUGAUAUCACCAUGGGCUAUGAUGGACACCAUAGUUCCAGACAGGAAGGAUUUUUAUUCCUCCAAUGUAGUUCCUGAUAAAACUCAUGAACUUGGAUCUUAUUUAGCUGCCCAAAUGUUUCUAUCAGACCAGACACUUAGCUCAUUUGGUUCCACUGUUGCUCAAUAUGGCAAAGGCCUACCUCAGGAAGUGGAAGAAAUUGUGAGGGAAACAAUUAUUCAACCCAAAUCAGAGUUCCUCGAAUUCAGUGCUGGCUUAGAAAAACUACUGAAGGAAGCAACUGAAACCUUCCCCUUAAAAUGUGAAAGCGAUACAGGGAAUCUUUCUGCAUCAAAGUUAAUAGGUAGUACAAAGGAGCCCAGGCAAGCCACUUCUGAAUUCCAUCCUGAGGAAUUAAAAGAAACAGUAGAAAAGGCUGAGGCUCCAUUAAUAACUGAGAGUGCUUUUGAUGCUGGUUUUGAGAAACUUCUUAAAGAAAUAACUGAAGCUCCUCCUUAUCAGCCCCAGGUGUCAGUGAGAGAAGAAAUGCACAAGAAGGAGUCCUCACAGUCAGAGCAGACCAGGUUCUUAGGGGCAGUGCCCCAUUUUUAUGGGGCAGCCUCACAGACCUCUGAAAUGAAGGCUAAAAGUAGUGGUUUGGAAUCUCAAGUCAACCGAUGUAAUAAAAAGUUGGGAGGAGACGUACAUAUGACUGAUUUAUUGGUAGAUUUUUGUGGUUCCAAAAGUGGAGUUGAGAUCCCUAGAACCCCACAACUUUAUGUGGCUCAUGAAAUAGGGACCAUUAACACUGUAAACCCCCCAGUGGACAGGGACAGUGAAAGUGGGGUUGCAGGGCGACAAGGGACUUUUCAGGAACCUGGCUUUGGAGGGGCUUCUGAAGCAAUUAGUGUGUCCAGAAAUAGGCAACCCAUUCCUCUCCUGAUGAACAAAGAAAACUCUACAAAAACAAGUAAAGUUGAAUUGAUUCUAGCAUCGCCAUAUAAGAAACAGGAGAAAGAGGAAGAAAAAGAAGGUUUCUCUGAGUCCGAGUUUUCAGAUGGAAACACCAGUUCUAAUGCAGAGAGCUGGAGAAAUCCUUCCAGUUCAAAAGAAGAACCCAGUCCUGUUUUGAAAACUUUGGAAAAGAGUGCCGCUAGGAAAAUGCCUUCCAAAAGUCUAGAAGACAUUUCAUCAGAUUCAUCAAAUCAAGCAAAAGUAGAUAAUCAGCCAGAAGAAUUAGUGCGUAGUGCUGAAGAUGUUUCCACAGUGCCUACACCACCUGAUAAUCCAUUUUCUCACCCUGACAAACUCAAAAGGAUGAGCAAGUCUGUUCCAGCAUUUCUCCAAGAUGAGAGUGAUGACAGAGAAACAGAUACAGCAUCAGAAAGCAGUUACCAGCUCAGCAGACACAAGAAGAGCCCGAGCUCUUUAACCAAUCUUAGCAGCUCCUCUGGCAUGACGUCCUUGUCUUCUGUGAGUGGCAGUGUGAUGAGUGUUUAUAGUGGAGACUUUGGAAAUCUGGAAGUUAAAGGAAAUAUUCAGUUUGCAAUUGAAUAUGUGGAGUCACUGAAGGAGCUGCAUGUUUUUGUGGCCCAGUGUAAGGACUUAGCAGCAGCGGAUGUAAAAAAACAGCGUUCAGACCCAUAUGUAAAGGCCUAUUUGUUACCAGACAAAGGCAAAAUGGGCAAGAAGAAAACACUCGUAGUGAAGAAAACCUUGAAUCCUGUGUAUAACGAAAUACUGCGGUAUAAAAUUGAAAAACAAAUCUUAAAGACACAGAAGCUGAACCUGUCCGUUUGGCAUCGGGAUACAUUUAAGCGCAAUAGUUUCCUAGGGGAGGUGGAACUUGAUUUGGAAACAUGGGACUGGGAUAACAAACAGAAUAAACAAUUGAGAUGGUACCCUCUGAAGCGGAAGACAGCACCAGUUGCCCUUGAAGCAGAAAACAGAGGUGAAAUGAAACUAGCUCUCCAGUAUGUCCCAGAGCCAGUCCCUGGUAAAAAGCUUCCUACAACUGGAGAAGUGCACAUCUGGGUGAAGGAAUGCCUUGAUCUACCACUGCUAAGGGGAAGUCAUCUAAAUUCUUUUGUUAAAUGUACCAUCCUUCCAGAUACAAGUAGGAAAAGUCGCCAGAAGACAAGAGCUGUAGGGAAAACCACCAACCCUAUUUUCAACCACACUAUGGUGUAUGAUGGGUUCAGGCCUGAAGAUCUGAUGGAAGCCUGUGUAGAGCUUACUGUCUGGGACCAUUACAAAUUAACCAACCAAUUUUUGGGAGGUCUUCGGAUUGGCUUUGGAACAGGUAAAAGUUAUGGGACUGAAGUGGACUGGAUGGACUCUACUUCAGAGGAAGUUGCUCUCUGGGAGAAGAUGGUAAACUCCCCCAAUACUUGGAUUGAAGCAACACUGCCUCUCAGAAUGCUUUUGAUUGCCAAGAUUUCCAAAUGAGCCCAAAUUCCACUGGCUCCUCCACUGAAACUACUAAACCCGUGGAAUCUGAUCUUGAAAAUCUGAGUAGGUGGACAAAUAUCCUCACUUUCUAUCUAUUGCAUCUAAGGAAUACUAUACAGCAUGUAAAAGCCAAUCUGCAUGUGCUUCUUUGAUUACAAGGCCCAAGGGAUUUAAAUAAUAACAAAAUGUGUAAUUUGUGACUCUAACAUUAAAGAAUAUAUUUGAACAAGCUAGGAAAAUUGAACAUCUGCUGCUGCUUCAAAGAAAAAGUUGCCCCAGAGCAUUAAACAUGGGGUAUUGUUGAUAAGCAAAAUGUUCUUGUUUGCCAUCAUGUGUUUCACACCACAAUUCUGUGCCACAGUUAAGAGGGUCUGGUACCCUUGCAGGACCUUUGUAGGUUGUGGGAAAAAGUAGCAGAAAGAUACUCAAAGUGGGGCGCGGAAUGGAGACAGAACAUCAGUGAUGAUUAAAAAAAAAAAGUGGAUCUUAAGAAACUAUUUACUCUGCAAUCUCUAAUAAAAUGCGGAAUUCCAUGUUAGGACAAUGAGACUGAAUUUACUGGUGUUUUCUGCCUUGAGAAAACAGGCAGUUAAAACAAGCCUCAAAUGUAUUUUAGUGCCACCCACUGGCCAUAGGUAAAAUUCAGUUGUUGGCUUGUUUUGACUUAAUUCUAAGAUAGAUCUCAAGCCUGUAUUUUUAUGAGUUUAUUUUUUUAAAACCCUGCAUAUAUAUGAUUGUUUUUCUUAUAACUUUAUUAUAUGAAAUCAGCAUAAGAGUAGUCACAAACAUGUUUUACAACAAAGUUUUAAUUAGAGUGUAAGUUGUUCAGUUAUACUGUACUUCUUAUGUAUGUAAAAUUUUCAUAAAGUAUUUUGUAAAAACCCUUAGAAUAAAUUGUCAUUUGAUUUAAAUUGUAUUAGAAAA